AAUAUCUGGGACGUGCAUAGCACAAGGCGAGACAGAGACUGUAAGGCACCGGAGGCAACAUGGCUCAACAGAAGAACCUUGAAGGCUAUGUGGGGUUUGCCAAUCUCCCAAACCAGGUGUACAGGAAAUCUGUGAAGAGGGGAUUUGAAUAUACACUAAUGGUAGUCGGUGAGUCUGGUCUGGGGAAGUCAACACUCAUCAAUUCACUAUUCUUAACGGAUUUAUAUGCUCCGGAUUAUCCUGGUCCCUCACACCGAAUUAAAAAAACUGUUCAGGUUGAACAGUCAAAAGUUUUAAUCAAAGAGGGAGGAGUACAGUUACUUCUAACAAUAGUAGACAUACCAGGAUUUGGCGACGCGGUGGAUAAUAGCAACUGUUGGCAGCCAGUCAUUGAUUACAUUGACAGUAAAUUUGAAGAUUAUUUAAAUGCAGAAUCUCGUGUGAACAGACGUCAGAUGCCAGACAACCGCGUGCAGUGCUGCCUAUACUUCAUUGCUCCAUCAGGGCACGGAUUGAAGCCAUUGGACAUAGAGUUCAUGAAACGUUUGCAUGAAAAAGUCAACAUCAUUCCACUCAUUGCCAAAGCUGACACCCUCACACCAGAAGAAUGCCAGCAAUUUAAAAAACAGAUAAUGAAAGAAAUCCAGGAGCACAAAAUCAAGAUCUACGAGUUUCCAGAAACAGAUGACGAAGAAGAAAAUAAACUGGUGAAAAAAAUAAAGGACCGUUUACCUCUUGCUGUGGUGGGUAGUAACACGACUAUAGAAGUCAAUGGCAAGAGAGUAAGAGGAAGACAGUAUCCCUGGGGAGUGGCAGAAGUUGAAAACAGUGAGCACUGUGAUUUUACUAUUCUGCGAAACAUGUUGAUAAGAACCCAUAUGCAGGAUCUUAAGGAUGUCACCAAUAACGUACAUUAUGAGAAUUACAGGAGCAGAAAAUUGGCAGCAGUGACUUAUAAUGGUGUUGAUAACAAUAAAAACAAAGGUCAGCUAACGAAAUUUGACACAGUUGAAGGCAUGAGCCCUCUGGCUCAGAUGGAAGAGGAGAGAAGGGAACACGUGGCCAAAAUGAAGAAAAUGGAGAUGGAAAUGGAACAAGUUUUUGAAAUGAAGGUCAAAGAAAAAGUUCAGAAACUAAAGGACUCCGAGGCUGAGCUUCAGCGACGCCAUGAACAAAUGAAAAAGAACUUGGAAGCUCAGCACAAGGAACUCGAAGAGAAACGACGUCAGUUUGAGGAAGAAAAGUUAAACUGGGAAGCUCAACAACGCAUACUGGAACAGCAGAAUUCUUCCAGGACUUUGGAGAAAAACAAGAAGAAAGGAAAGAUAUUUUAAAAUUAUUCCUGGACCACCAUAUUCUCUAUCAGUUGCCAACUUGCCAGCCCAGACAUCAGUGUUUGUUGGAACCAUUCAGCCACUUUUGAAACCAGUCACAUCUAUAAAUGUUGGAUUUAUUCGGCAUGACCUUUUUUAUUAUUAUUCUUGAUGGAGAUUAAGAUGCCUUGAAUUGUUUAAGGUUUGCAUUCUUGGAGAACUAUUUGCUGCAAGCAAUUGCUCCCUUUCCUUCCUUAACUCUCUUUUUAACUGAUGUCUUCAUUUUAAAAA